AUGGCAGCGCUCCUCCCCAUUCCCAGCGUGGACAGGCCGUUUGGCAUCCACCUGUGGCCGCUCUUUAACAAGGCAUUCGAGUAUGUGGCCGGAUAUCCUGCAGAUGAGUUCGAGUUUGUCGUUGGCAAGACGCCCAUGUCGACGCUGAGAGACACUUCCAUUUUUGUCGCCAUCUACUACCUCGUCAUUUUUGGUGGCCGCGAGCUGAUGCGGAACCGGGAGCCCUUCAAGCUGAAGACUCUCUUUUUGAUUCACAACUUCGUCCUCACGGCGGUCAGCGCCAUCAUUCUGGCGCUAUUCAUUGAGCAGCUGGUUCCCACCAUUGUUCGCCGAGGAGUUCUCUACGCCAUCUGCGAUGCCAACGGGGGCUGGACGCAGCCCCUCGUCGUCCUGUACUACAUGACCUAUCUCAGCAAAUACCUGGAGCUUCUGGAUACGGUUUUCCUGUUUCUCAAGAAAAAGCCCCUGACUUUCCUUCAUUGCUACCACCACGGCGCAACGGCUGUCCUCUGCUACACCCAGCUCAUUGGCAGCACAUCGGUCCAAUGGGUUGUCAUUUCUCUCAACCUCUUUGUCCACGUUGUCAUGUACUGGUACUACUUCCAGAGCGCCCGCGGCGUGCGCAUCUGGUGGAAAGAAUGGGUUACUCGCCUGCAAAUCAUCCAGUUUGUCAUUGACCUCGGUUUUGUCUACUUUGCGUCGUACACGUACUUCACUUUCACGUACUGGCCUUGGAUGCCCAACUGGGGAAGCUGCGCCGGCAAAGAAUUCGCCGCAUUUUCGGGCAUCAUUAUUCUCAGCUCAUAUCUUGUCCUCUUCAUUUCCUUUUAUUUUGCCACCUAUGCAAAGCAAGGAAGCAGGGCUGCCGCUCGAAAGGCAUCCCGCAAGAUUGCUGAAGAAACAGCUCCGGCCCCUAGCACCCUUGUCGACUCCAUCACGAGCGAAAGCAACGCCAUGGCCAACGGCUCUUCGACCCGGUCUCGGAGAGCAAGAAACUAA